GCAACAGGGUAGGCUGAGCCCUGGUAUAUGUACCGGCGGCUGAGCACGCGUGUGUGCGGACGCCGUUGCGUGAGAGAGUUUUGCUACCCGGCCUGUUUCGGAGUGAAGACUCUUCCUCUCCCGUUCAGCCUUGCAGGUUGCAGUUGACCAAAGAGAUGGUUAUGGAGAAGCCAAGUCCCCUGCUGGUCGGGCGGGAAUUUGUGAGACAGUAUUAUACUCUGCUGAACCAGGCACCAGACAUGCUGCAUAGGUUUUAUGGAAAGAACUCAUCUUAUGUCCAUGGAGGUUUAGAUUCCAAUGGGAAACCAGCUGAUGCUGUCUAUGGACAAAAAGAAAUCCAUCGAAAGGUGAUGUCCCAAAACUUUACAAAUUGUCACACCAAGAUUCGUCACGUGGAUGCUCAUGCUACUCUCAAUGAUGGUGUUGUGGUCCAGGUGAUGGGAUUGCUGUCUAAUAAUAAUCAAGCAUUUCGGAGAUUCAUGCAGACAUUUGUACUUGCACCAGAGGGUUCUGUUGCAAACAAAUUCUACGUUCAUAAUGACAUCUUCCGGUACCAAGAUGAGGUUUUUGGUGGUUUUGUCACUGAACCCCAAGAAGAAUCUGAGGAAGAAGUAGAAGAACCAGAAGAAAGACAGCAGACUCCUGAAGUAGUUGCUGAUGACUCUGGAACUUUUUAUGACCAGACUGUCAGCAAUGAUCUGGAGGAGCACCUAGAGGAGCCUGUUGUGGAGCCAGAACCAGAGCCGGAACCAGAACCUGAGCAAGAAGCUGAACCUGAAAUUCAUGAAGAAAAGUCUGAACCAGUUUUGGAAGAGCCUGUAUCUGAGGAGACACAAAAGAGCUCAUCUCCUGUGCCUGUAGAUUCUGCUCCAGCAGCACAGGAGGACUUAAGAACGUUUUCCUGGGCAUCUGUGACCAGUAAGAACCUUCCACCUAGUGGAGCUGUUCCCGUGUCUGGGAUACCACCUCAUGUUGUUAAAGUACCAGCUUCACAGGCUCGUCCAGAAUCAAAACCGGAAUCUCAGACACCACCACAGAGGCCCCAGAGAGACCAGAGAGUGAGAGAACAACGAACUAAUAUCCCACCUCAGAGGGGACCCAGACCAAUCCGUGAAGGUGGUGAACAGGGUGAUAUGGAUACGAGGAGAAUUGUGAGAUAUCCAGACAGUCACCAGCUUUUUGUUGGAAAUCUUCCACACGAUGUGGACAAAGCAGAACUAAAAGAUUUCUUCCAAAGUUUCUGUGUUUCGUUCAAAGGUUAUGGGAAUGUUGUGGAACUUCGAAUUAAUAGUGGUGGAAAGUUACCCAAUUUUGGUUUUGUGGUGUUUGAUGACCCAGAGCCAGUUCAGAAGAUCCUUGGCAGCAGACCCAUCAUGUUCAGAGGUGAGGUGCGUUUAAAUGUGGAGGAAAAGAAGACGCGAGCUGCCAGAGAAGGUGAUCGUCGAGAUAACAGACCACGUGGACCAGGAGGCCCACGUAGUGGGCUAGGUGGUGGAAUAAGAGGGCCUCCUCGUGGAGGAAUGUCCCAGAAACCAGGAUUUGGAGCUGGAAGGGGGAUUGGUCAACGUCAAUGAAUUUGGCACAGAUCUUCACAUGAUGGCACAAAUCUUUGCUCCUGCAGCGUUGUGAAUUUCAGCCUUGGGUAUCUUGGAAUGUGACCCUAGCCUGUUAUAUAGACUGCCUACGUUUGAUACAAUUUCAGGCCCUUUUUUGUUUGUUAAUGGUUUUUUUUUCUUUUUCUUUUUGGGUGUGUGUGUUUGUGUGUGUGUGUGUGUUUGUUUGUGUUUGUGUGUGUGUAUGUGUGUGCUGUUUUCAUUCCCCAGUGCCCCUCUAAGUCCUUGUCCCCAAUUCCAGUUUUGUGGAACAAUAUUUUAGGAAAAGUCAAUUUUAAAAGAAGAAAAAAAAAACUGAAAUUCCUUGCUCACCUCAAAUAUACGGACUAGAUUUUUUUCUUCUUUUUCCAACAGUGGUUUUAUCCGAAAGGACUAUAUUUUUUGCUUAUAACUGAUAUUGGAAUAAUUUUCUUUUUCCUUUUCCACGUGUUCCAAGAAUCUGUCAUAAACCCAGGAUUUGGCAAACAUUUUGAGGGCAGGAAAAAACCCCAGUUGUUCAUUGGAGGGCCAUGACUACUCUCUGGUUUGGAGUUGUUGCCACAGGAAAAAUUGACAGUCAUACUUUUCUCUGUGGCAUGGUUAAAAAAACGGAAUAAAGGGUAUUCAUAGAACUUUUUUUUUUUUCUUUUGAUACGUGAUCACACAAAAAUGAAUUCUAAACUACUGUUUUUACCACUUGGAAUUUUGGAUUGUGGGAUAAGUUUUAAAUGUGUAGAAUUCAACUCUUCAACAAAACGCUUUUCCUGAAUUUGUGGAAAAAAUUUUUUAUUGAAGUAGGGAGUUUUUUUUUUUCAUGUUUUAGUUUGUAUUUGUAAAAAAACAAAACAAAACAAAAAAACAGCAAAAUUGUUGUGCCUUCUAUUUAUCUCUCAUUCCAGUCUUGGCAAAUUGUUUUAAAAUAAAUAAAAAAUAAAAACAUCUAGAUUUGCUUUAUCA